AUGGUCAAGAUCUACAAGAUGCUCGUGCACUGGGGCUUCCUCUUCACGGUCCCGACCGUGAUCGCCAUGACCGUCUUCAAGCCGCUUGACGAAGACGCACAGCGCGAGAUGCUCGAGAAGAAGUACAAGUCGGACGUCGACCGGGCCAAGAAGAACCGCGCCAUGUUCAAGGAGCUGCUCCUCCCGUCGAGCGACGACUCGGAGGGCAAGAAGAUGAGCGAUGAAGUCACCGACAUUUGGAUGAAGGGCGACCCGAAGAUCCGGCCGCCGGGCGUUUAA